AUGUGGAGAGCGAUCGCGAAGCAGCUGGCCGAGUCUGACCUCGCUUCCGCAGUCGCCCUCAAACGAUGCAGCAGCCGCUUCAAGGACCUUGCCGCCCCGCUGGUGGCAAACGCCGUGGAAAGGACGGACGAGAAGUGGCGGGAUGCGGCAGCCGAAAUCGGCGGCCGAGGCGCUGCAACGAUCACAGGCGGGCUCGAGCGCAACGAGGUGCUGACCGAGCUUGACCUCGCCGGCAACGGCAUCGACGACGCGGGCGCCGAGGCGCUGGCCUCCGCUCUGCGCGUCAAUGCGGUGCUGACCGACUUGAACCUCCGUCGCAACAACAUCCGCGACGAGGGCGCCGCUGCGCUGGCCUCCGCUCUUCGCGUCAACGGGGUGCUGACCACUCUUGACUUGUCGGGCGACCCAUACACCAGCGGCGGCGGCAUCGGCCCCGAGGGUGCCAGCGCGAUCGCAGAGGCCCUUAAGGUCAACGGGGUGCUGAAAGAGCUCAACCUCCGCAACAACAGCAUAAGCCCCACCGGCGCCACCGCCCUCGCCGACGCCCUGAAAGUCAACAAGGUCCUGACCUACCUCGUGCUCUGGGAAAACAACAUCGGCGACGAGGGCGCCAAGGCGCUAGCAGCCGCUCUUCGCGUCAACGAGGUGCUGAAAAUCCUCAACCUCGGCGAAAACUCUAUCCGCGCCGAGGGCGCCGCCGCGAUCGCCGAGGCGCUGCGCGGCAACAGGGUGCUGACCAACCUAAACCUCGAUCGCAACAACAGCGGCGCGGAGGGCGCAGCCGCGACCGCCGAGGCGCUGCGCGGCAACGCGGUGCUGACCAACCUCGUGCUCCGGAGGAACAGCAUCGACGACGAGGGUGCCAAGGCGCUAGCAUCCGCUCUUCGCGUCAACGGGGUGCUGACCAACCUCGUGCUCCCGCAAAACAACAUCGGCGCGGAGGGCGCAGCCGCGAUCGCAGAGGCGCUACGCGGCAACGGGGUGCUGACCUCCUUGGAUUUGGGCUCGAACGGCCUCACCGAGGAGGCGGCCCUCGGCAUCGUCCGCGUCGAGCGGCAGCGCAACAAGCUCACCUCGCUGGGCUUGGCUAGCUGCGGCAUCGGCCCGGCUGGCGCCGCAGAGAUCGCUGAGUACGUGUCGGGCAGCGCGGUAUUGACCGAGUUGUGGCUCGGCGGGAACGAGAUCGGCGACGAGGGCGCCGCUGCGCUGGCCUCCGCUCUGCGCGUCAACGGGGUGCUGAAAACACUCUGGCUCUCCGGCAACUUCAUCUGGGACGAGGGCGCGGCCGCGAUCGCCGAGGCGCUGCAGGGCAACGGGGUGCUGAAAAACAUCGACCUUAGCUACAACAUCUUGGGCGAUGAGGGGGAGAAAGCGAUUCACGAUGCGGUGAGCGGGCGGGAAGGGUUCGAGCUCGAGAUGUGA